AUGUUAAACCGUCGUGGCCCCAUUGCCAAGCUAGUUGGUGGAGCAAUUGGUUUGAAAAAGGAAUAUGAAGCCGAUCGAAAAGAGAAGAAGCAAGCGGCGCAGUCAUCAUCCUCGGCUCCGUCCCAUGACGACGACGCGGCGAGCAGCUCUGCGCAACAUUUGGCUGGGGACAGCGACCUUUCAGACGACGAAGACUGGGUGCAUGGCCUGGACGAGGUCCAGCAGUAUGAAGCCCACGAAAACGGCUCACAGCAUGAUGAUCCCAACGACAUUGACAUUGACCGUCUGCUGAGAGAAUUCAUUGCGCGCCAUCCGGUGCCGAGCGAGCAGUGCCAUGGUGCGCUACCAAUGCCCGUCAUCUUACCGCAGAGGCGGCCCGAGUCCCGCAAUCGGGGGUUCGUAAAGGCGUAUGCCCCGGUGUUGGAGAAUUGCGGCAUCAAUCAGGCUACCUGGUUUGAAUUCAUCGAUGGAUUCGAGAAGAGCAUCAAGGCAAAUCCAUGGUUCCAUGUGGCCAACGGAGCGAUUUGGAUUGCUGGCCACGUCGAGCAGGCAGUUGUGGGCAUCAGUCCGCUGGUAGGGUUUAUUACCAUGGCAAUGCACGUAAGCAUGGAGGCUUCGAGGAGAGCAUAUGUACAAUAUCAGCAGAACCAAUAUCUUGAUACCAUGAACGAGGAAUUCUUCAAGCCGCGUGGUCUUUACUGUCUCGUAAUGACGUAUAGGCCGUCUUCAGACGACCUCGUUGAUCAUGUCGACAUUGACCACAACAUUGCAAAGACAAUCGCUACACGAGAGGAGCAAGGCAAAUGGAAGCGCGCAUUCUCCACGUCAUCCUCCACGACGACCCAGGAGGCGGAAAUUCCAGACUGUGCACCGCUAAUCUUUCCCCAGCUGGAUAGCCUGGACGACAAGGAGAAAGGAAAUUCGAUCAAACAAUUUGGCAGCUUUGUCUCGGACUACUACGAUCGUCAAGCAGCAGCCAAGUUCGAGGCCGAGCAUCCAGAUUCCAAGAUCCCCGUGGCACCGCGCAAGGAGUUUGCCUCUGAUUAUAGCGAUCCAAACACUGUAGUCGGAAGCGGAGGACUCAUUGCUAUUGCUUCUGGCGGCAAAUACAACCCGGUCGGUCCGCUGGGCAAGCUCCGGGAGAGAGUCAGCGAACGCCGCGCAGAGAGGGGCAUCGAUCGGCCAGGCAUUAUCGAGGCGCGAAAGCGAAGGAAGGAGAAUCGGCCACUCCGCCGUAUGCUGAAGCAGGAUGCUCUCUACCUCAUGGUGGUCAAUCUCCCAACCCAAGAAGAGAUGGACCAAGUACUGGCAAAGGUGAAUGCAAGCCAGAGCACAUGA